AUGGGUCACUCUUCUGUGUGCAUCUUUCUACUGUCCCUUUAUCUGACUCAUCAAAGUGUUGCAGCGCAAGCUGAAGCAUGCAGGACAGUGGUUCAGGCCGACAUAGUGUUUCUGGUGGAUGAGUCCUGGAGUGUGGGUCAUAAAGACUUUUCCAGAGUCAAAGACUUCAUCUCAGCCAUCAUCUCCUCCUUUCAGGACAGUGUGGUCGGAGCUGAUGGGGUCCGUUUUGGAGUCACUGUCUUUGGAGAUGUUCCAAGGAUGCGGAUUGCUUUGACAGACUACAGUUCCCUUGAGGAGGUACUCAGAGCCAUCAAAGACCUUCCCUAUGAGGGUGGAUCCAGGAGGACCGGCAUGGCACUCCAGUUUCUGGUCGACUCUGUUUUCAGCCCCGUCAUCAGGCGGGAUUCUGCCUCGAAGGUAGCUGUUUUGAUCACAAAUGGACAGUCAGACGACGAGGUCAAUGCUGCAGUCAGAGCAGUAGCAGACAAUGGAAUUACUGUCUUUGCAGUAGGCCUCACGGGGGUUGAUGAGGCAGAGCUUAGGAGGGUUGUGUCGGAGCCACAUGCCGAGCAUCUAUUGCCGGUCACUGAUUUCUCUACCAUGGACACCAUCCUCCCCAAACUGUCCCGCAGAGUGUGCCUCACUGCCUCUGAACCCCCACGCCCUGUGAAAACUUCCCAGCCUAGCGAGGAACGUGUGGUGGGUCCCAGAGACCUUCAGGUUAGCGAACUGGCCCACAGUUCUCUUAGACUGACGUGGAGCCAGGCCACGGGUGAUGUCACCGGAUAUCGCCUCCUGGUCACUCCAUUGAGUUCGGAGGGACAACUCCUUCCUGUGCAGCAGAGGCAGAUGGAUCUGAAGGCAGAUGUGAGCACAGCCAUGGUGACAGAGCUGAGUCCCAAAACCGACUAUUCCCUCACCGUCUACGCCAUGUACCCAGGCCUCAUAGGAGACUCUGCGACAAUCAAAGCAAAGACGACGCCUUUGCCCGAAGUUUCAAACUUCCGUGUUAUUGAGGAAGGCCUGUUCUCCCUGCGCCUCGGCUGGACACCCCCUCAAGGGAAGCUAAAUGGAUUCAAGAUCUUCAUCCCGAGAUCCAACAGACCAGGAUUCAUUUAUGAGCAGCUGCUUCCCAGAGACAUUUCCUCUCAUGUGAUUGACAGUCUGGAGGAGGAUAAGAAGUACACUGUCAGUAUUUAUGCUGUGUACCCCGAAGGACCAAGUAAACCGGUUUCAGUAGUGGGGAAGACAUUGAAGUUGGUGCCAGUUCAUCAGUUUCUGGUCCAAAAUGCCACCACAGACACCGUUCAAGCAAGGUGGGCAUCAGUUAAAGGUGCUACAGGAUACCGUUUGACAUGGGCAUCUACAGAAGGCCACAUAGAAAACAUAAACCUCGGGGACAAUUUUAACUUCUACAUGAUACAGGGCCUCCACACAGGCUCUGAGUACACCAUCACCAUCAACCCCAUCUUUGGAGACAUUGAGGGGCCUAUCACCACUGCGAAAGUCAAGACAUUGGAAAGUAGUUCAGUACAGACUCUGAAAGUAUCUGCUGUGAGCACAAGUACUGCAGUCAUCUCAUGGAACAGUGUCCCGGGGGCUACAGGAUACAGAUUGGCAUGGAGACCCACCCCAGAGUUUGUUGGUCGGGAUCGUCCCAGGCAAUUGGCUCUGAACAGCAGCACUACACAGUACCAGCUGAAAAAUGUAGCCCAUGAUACGGAGUAUGUCCUGACUCUUUAUGUGCUGUUUGGCGCUGCGGUUGGACCUGGCAUUGCUGCCACCUUCAGAACUUCUCCUUUGGGUUAUGUCUCUAACUUCAAGGUGACAUCCUACACAAGCACCACUAUAGAUGUGGCGUGGAGUCCCAUCGUUGGAGCCACCGAGUACAAACUCUCAUGGAAAACAGAUAAUAGCAAACCCCAAGUCCAGUACCUGGAUCGUAGCAUCCUCUUCCAUCGUCUCAAAGACCUGAAUCCACAGUCUACCUACACAGUCACCAUCUGUGCAGUGUAUGGCAACUCAGAGGGACCAGAAAUCUCCUUAUCUCAGCUCACAGCUGCAGUGUCAGAGUCAGAUCCAAUCCAGGCAGUGAGGGAGGUGAAGGUUGAGGACAUUGGAGUAAAUUCCUUCACACUAUCUUGGAAAAAAGCACCAGGGGCUUCUGGAUACAAAAUCUCUUGGAUCCCAUUUCUUGGGGGUGAUGAGAAGUCCCAUGUGGUAUCAGCUGAUUUUGCUUCCUACACCAUCCGCAACCUGCGAGAGAGCUCAGCUUACAAGAUCCAGGUGUCCUCCAUGGUGGGCAGCAGGGAAGGAAGCGCUGUCCUGGUCACAGCACGUACCUUGGAUCUUCCAAAAGUAGAAGGAUUUGCUGCUUUGAAUACAACAGACAACAGUACUGUUCUGAACUGGACACGCGUAGCUGGCGCCUCAGGAUAUCGCCUCUCCUGGAGGCACAUCUCAGUGUUUGACACAAAAACAGAAAUCCUUGGCCCUGGAUUCACCUACUAUAAGAUCAGUGAUCUCUUGUAUGGCAGAACAUAUCUUUUCACCAUCAGACCUUUGUAUGGAGAAGUGGAGGGGCCUAUAAGCACCAUGUAUCAGAGAAUAUUGGGACCAGCUCGCCCAGCGUUAACAGUCCAGCCUGUGCCACCUACAGUGCCCCCCCAUUCCCCACCUAUCACUGGGGACUCCCAGACUGCCUCUAUCAUCAACACAACCACUGCUCAAUCACCCAUGAGGACCACCUGGCACCCUGAUGUUGUGCUUCCAACUGAGUCCUUAACAACCAAGAAGCCCCACGUUCAGCCAAGUGUCACUGAGGGCAAGGCAGGAGCAGUCACGUCCUUUCGAUUGACCACACUGAGUAGAGUGACAGAGAAAAAAACACCACCACAACCAGUGUGCGGUAAGACCAAAGCAGAUAUAGUAUUCUUGGUGGAUGAGUCGUCGAGCAUUGGCACUGACAACUUUAGGAAGAUGAAAGACUUCAUAUUUCGAGUGGCUACAUACUUCCCCGUAAUUGGUUCACAGGGCACGCAGAUAGCUGUGGUUCAUUACAGCGAUGAGCCUCGCAUUGAAUUCCGCCUUAAUGACUUCAAAGACAGAAACUCUGUGCUCAGGGCUCUCAGAGCGCUGCGUUAUGGAGGGGGCAACACCAAAACCGGAAAAGGCAUCAGCUAUGUUCUGCAAGAACUGUUCCAGGAGGCUUAUGGGAUGAGGCAGGAUGUACCCCAUGUUCUGGUUUUGUUUACAGAUGGCAAGGCCCAGGACAAUGUGGUGCCGCCCUCCAGAAUUGCCCGCGCCUUGGGGGUCAGCGUCCUGGCAGUUGGAGUUUCGAAUGCAGAUCGUGAAGAACUGAAUAAAAUUGCGGCUCCCACCAGCUACAAAAACAUCUUCUAUUCACCAAUUUUUGAUGAUUUUCCCUCCGUGGAGAGAGAAUUUAUCAGAAGCCUCUGUAGUGACGAACUCGUCACAGAGUUCAAACUACAAGAUGAGGGUGCUCAGCUAGACACCCCCACUGAUGACCCAGAGGAGAUGCUUAAGCCCGAGGGUCCAUGCCUAACUCAGUGCAUGAAGGGCCAAAAAGGGGAAAAGGGAGACAGUUUGGGUCUUGGUCUGAGAUUCAGACAAAGCCCUGGGGAGUUUGAUCCUUUCACAUCUUCAAAAGGAGAGAAAGGAGAAAGGGGACUUCCUGGAACUGAUGGUGUUCCUGGUUUGCCAGGUCGCCCAGGAAGAACUGGACCACCGGGUUCUGCUGGCCAACGGGGCCCUACAGGUGUUCCAGGUGACAUGGGUCCAACUGGGCUCCCUGGUCCAAAGGGACAGAGAGGAGAAAGAGGAGAGCCGGGAUACGUCAUAGCUGGUACAGAUGCAAAUUUUGUGCCCGGACGAAAAGGAGAGCCAGGCUCCUCAAGUCCCCCAGGACCUCCCGGUCUUCCAGGGGUCAAUGGAGCUCCAGGUCUGCCUGGUCAGCUAGGAUCACCGGGGCCACCAGGAAUAGCUGUCAAGGGAGAUCCCGGAGAGCCGGGUACAAAAGGCUUACGUGGGAAGCAGGGCGUGAAAGGAGACAAAGGAGAGCCGGGAAAAGAUGGCAUUGCAGGUUUGCCUGGUCCCAUUGGUGUUGAUGGGGGACCAGGACUGCCAGGCCAGAAAGGAGAAAAGGGUGAGGAGGGAGUUGGCAUACAAGGUGUUCAAGGUCCUCAUGGAGAGAAAGGAGAGAAGGGAGAUAUUGGAUUAGCAGGACCAGUUGGCCCAAAGGGUGAGCGUGGAGAGCAGGGCAUCCAGGGAAUCAUUGGACCUCGGGCGAAAAAGGGAAUGAAAGGGGAGCCAGGAGACAAGGGAGACCAAGGAGAGGUGGGACCAAUAGGACCACAAGGACCCCCAGGGCCGGCAGGACCGAUGGGAUUAAAGGGAGAUGAAGGUCCAAGAGGACCUGCUGGAGACCCGGCGAAGGGUGUAAUUGGUCCAGCUGGGAAAAAGGGGGUCAGGGGAGACAUCGGUCCAGUUGGUUCCACAGGCCCUCAGGGAAUAAAGGGAGAACAAGGAGACAAGGGAGAAAAGGGUAGUCCUGGUUUUGGGAUUCCAGGACAGCAGGGGCAAAAGGGAGAAAAUGGAGAAAGGGGAAAUGUUGGUUUAUCAGGAAAACCAGGACAAAAGGGGAAAGAUGGCUCUAAAGGUGAAAAAGGGAGCAUUGGAUUACCUGGCAAUCCUGGAGAACCGGGAUUAAGAGGUAAAGAUGGUGCACCUGGAGCUAAAGGAGAACCGGGAAUGAAGGGUGAACAAGGACCAGCUGGAGAGCCUGGUGAAAGAGGAAUCAGGGGUCCAUUGGGAUUACCAGGAAAACCAGGUGACACUGGAGAAAACGGUGACCCUGGCAAGCCUGGCCCACCUGGUGCUGAUGGCAAAAAAGGUGACAAAGGAGAGGCGGGAAAGCCUGGACCUCCGGGAACACAAAUUGGUUCAGACAACAUACUGACCAGAGUAAUUAAGGGCGAUCCUGGAGAGCCAGGUCAGCCAGGUUUGCGAGGAGAAAUGGGCCCGCCUGGGCCACAAGGUCCAGAGGGGAAACCUGGAUUACCAGGACAGUCUCUGGGUGAUUCUGGAAGAGAUGGAUUAGAUGGCUUACCAGGAAAACCAGGAAUGAAGGGUGACCAGGGACAGAAAGGAGAGCUUGGUCCGAAAGGAGAAAAAGGAGAUCAAGGCCGGGUUGGGAUUGCUGGGAUGCCUGGCUUACCGGGGACUCCUGGGAGACCUGGCAUUGAUGGGAAGAGGGGCCUGCCAGGAAAAGAUGGAGAAAGAGGACUCAAAGGAGAUGACGGCAAGAAGGGGGACAAGGGAGAUGCGGGUGCUGAUGGUAAAGAUGGUAGUAAAGGCGAACCAGGGCUUCCAGGUUUGCCUGGGAGGCAGGUGCUUGUCACUCCUGAGGGUGCUACCAUUGAUGAAAUCCGACAAGCAUUCCCAAUGCCAAUGGGUCCUCCAGGACCUACUGGUUCUCCAGGAUUGAAGGGUGAUAAAGGAGAAAGAGGCCUGAAAGGAGAAAAGGGUGACGCUGGAGCUCCAGGAAAAUCUCUUGAGAUGAAGGACAUUGAGACAAUGUUUGAAGCCUACGGUAUAAAGCUUCCUUUGCUGAAGGCUUUGAUUGACAGGUUGCUGCAGGAUGGCAUAGAGGAGCUGCUUCAUGUGCUCAGCAACUCCAAGAAAACAAAAGAAAACACAGAAAGGCACAACUCCAACGUCAUCACUGACUACACAAGUUUGGAGAAAUUUGACGUCACCAGCAGGCCUCUGUCAAAAGUGGACACUUUUGAGGACACUGAUGUAGACGGCCAGCCUCCUGAAUCUUUCUUGGUUGACCCUUUAAAUGAAACUGCAGAGGAUCCAACUUUAUGGGCCGUCAACACGCUGAAUGGAGAACCAGAACAUGACACGAUUGAGACCAAUUUAAAGGAGACAGUAGACAGUACUGAAACUUCCUUCAAAGUUAAUCUGACUGUAGUCAAUUCUACUUCCAAUUAUACAAUGACCAAUGAGAUGUUUUCAGGGUUACCUCAAUCUGUAAUGGAGACUGUUCUCCUCACUCAGGAGGACUCACUGAAGAAGAAUUCAGGACAAAAGAAGAAGAACAGGGAACGUGGGAAAGGCAAAGGAAAUAAAGGACGACAUAGGAGGCAGAGACAACGCUUGACAAGUGAAGAGGCCAGGCAAGACGAAGAAGACGAGUUUUAUAACGGCGAAGAUUACAGUUAUGAAUACGAGGAAGAACUUACCACAAUUGACCCCUUAAUCCCUCGGGACUUCGGGGAAAACAGACAGCUUGAAGUCCAAACAGAUGAAUUUCCCCAUCCAGUGGAUGAUAAGGAACAAUUGCCCACACCCAGUCCUGCCCAGGUCGAGACCUUAAGUCAACCUAUAACAGUCUUCUCAGACAGAGAAAUGGAUGCACAGGUUACCUUGCCAACCACAGAGUCACCCUCUCGACCCUCUGAUGAUAUAGAGAAGUCUACACCUCCUGCAGCAACAGAAGAACCAGAUCAGAAGGACGAAAAAGAAAAUCCAGGCCUUCAGACACACAGCAGGAGAGAUAGGCAAGAAGCACGAGAGAGACACAGAUACAGCGAUACAGAGACAGAGGUUCCCACAGAAAUAAUAGGUGGAGGAGAGGAACAGACAAAAGCAGAAGUGGAAGACUGGGGAAUGGAAAAAGAGAAAGAGUUAAUGCCUGAUCCAAAACCAGUCCCUGAUCCAGUCUAUGAGGAGGAGGAGAGAAGUGGAGACUAUGACUGGGAGACAGAGGAAGGGGUAGAUCAAGAGAAAGAAGAGGAGGAGGAGGACUUGGAGAUCGAGAGAGAGAGGGACAGGCUGGAGAUGGAGAGAGAAAGACAGGAGCUGGAGAAAGAGAGGGAGGCCGAGCUGGAGAGGGAAAAAAUGGAAAGCGAACGAGAACUGGAGCGGCAGAGGGAGGAAUGGGAGAGGAUGAGGGAGGAGAUGGAGAGGAGGAGAGAGGGAAAUUACGAUGAAGAAACUGGACUGACGUACCCAUAUCCCCCGGGGUAUUAUUUACUGAAGGGACAGCCAGGUGAAAAUGGAAAACCAGGACAAAAGGGCGAAAUUGGUGAAAAGGGACAAAAGGGGGAGCCGGGCAUCGGUCACAGAGGGCCAGAGGGUCAGGCUGGUCCUCCUGGACAGAAGGGUGAGCCCGGCGAGCCAGGUCCUCCAGGUGCUCAGGGCAUUCAGGGAAUCCCUGGCAAUCCAGGCAUCCAAGGCUCCACAGGUCUUAGGGGUCUUCCAGGGGAUCCAGGAGAGGCAGGUAGAGAGGGCAGCCGAGGUAAAAGAGGGAAGAAUGGCUCCCCAGGAUCUCCUGGACCUCGAGGACCGCCAGGACCUCAUGGUAUUCCUGGCAUACCUGGAGAAAAAGGAGAAAAGGGUGACAGUAUACCAGGUGAACCUGGUGAGAGAGGCGUAGUUGGCCUCCCAGGUAAAAGGGGUGACAAGGGCUCUCCAGGUGUUAAAGGAGCUCCUGGGCCCAUAGGUCCUAAAGGACUGAGUGGGAGCAAAGGUGAAAAGGGAAAUCAUGGAUCACCUGGAGUCAAAGGAGAAAGGGGCAGUGUGCUUCAAAUCCAAGGACCUCGUGGCUAUAAGGGUUCCAAAGGACAGCCAGGUGAGCGAGGUUCACCUGGUUUUGACGGGGAUAAAGGAGAAAAAGGCGAGGACGGUCCUCCUGGGGUCAAGGGUGUAAAAGGUAAUGCGGGUAUAAAAGGUGCAAUGGGAAGGUUUGGAGCACGGGGCCCGGUAGGACAAAAAGGAGAUCCAGGAGAUCCUGGAGUCAAUGGAGUGAUGGGUCGCAAUGGGGCUGAUGGGCUGGAUGGAGCCAAAGGGGAUAAAGGAGACAAUGGACUCCAAGGACAACAGGGUAAUCAGGGUGAUCCAGGAGAACCUGGCUUACCAGGAGAAAAAGGGGAGAAAGGGGAGAAGGGUUUCAGAGGUUUUCCUGGGCGCACUGGGAGCCCUGGCCUGAAUGGAGAAAAGGGAGAUAUGGGGUUACCUGGCACCCCGGGCAUACCUGGACUGAAUGGGGUCACGGGACGCAAGGGAGACAAGGGAGAAGGUGGGAUCAAUGGUGUUGAUGGUGAUCCUGGAGUAAGAGGGGAAAAGGGUGCAGCAGGUUUCCCAGGUUUCCCAGGUUUCAAGGGGUCAGCAGGAAGUCCAGGAAGGGACGGUGAUAUGGGACCACCGGGACCGCCAGGGCCUCAGGGAGACAAAGGGCCUAAGGGGGAGAGGGGUAGAAGAGGCAGAUCAAAGAAGUGUCAGAGUGGAGCACCAGGGACACCAGGACACAGAGGAGAAAAUGGUAAAGUUGGUAUUGAAGGAGCGAAAGGGGAGAAAGGAGAGCCUGGACUCUCAGCUGAAGAAGUGAAGGAGCUAGUCAACCAGGAGGUGGUAGAAAAGUGCGGAUUGGAAUACAAGUUCAUGGUAAAAUCUGUUGACCCAGAUGCAACAACUGCAGUGACUAAGAAUGAAAAUGACCAAAAAGACGUUGUGAAAUCUAUCACCCAUGACCUGCAUGAACAAAGUAUGGAAGAAAACAUGGCAGACAACAUGGGAGAAGGGCACCCACAAAACCAGACUGAUACUCAUGAUGGAGGGACUGUGGAGUGGGGACAGAGGAAGAAGAGAAGGGUAUAUGGAAGAAACACAGCAAUAACAGACCGCUGCCUGGAGCCGAUGUCAGAAGGAGCCUGUUCAGACUAUUCUCUGGUCUGGUACUUCCACACCCGAUCGGGGGAAUGCAGACCGUUUGUUUACGGGGGCUGUGGUGGCAACCAAAACAGAUUCUCUUCCAGAUAUGAGUGCGAGAAAUGGUGUGAGAUGGAGAGUCGAGUUGUGGGGGGACCAAUCAGAUCGCGCAGGGAAUAA